AUGCGUAGCAACGCAGCUGUCUCCGUUCUCGCCUUGGCGGCGUUGGGCGUGGUCAGCGCUGACAAGCCUGCUUAUGAGGCUACAACUAUCAAAGGUCACUUCGUCGAGCAAUUCACGGACGACUGGACCGAUAGGUGGACACCGUCUGCGGCAACGAAGAAAACUCCAGUUGGUGGUGAAACCUUUAGCUAUGUUGGAAAGUGGUCUGUUGAAGAGUCGACGAAGUAUCCCGGUACCAAGGCUGCUCACCACGCUAUUUCGGCGCCUUUCGACUCUGUCCUUGAUCCCAAGGGCAAGACUCUCGUCGUGCAAUACGAAGCCAAGUUCCAAAAGGGUGGCAACUGUGGCGGUGGUUACUUAAAGCUACUCGAAGAUGGUUUCCAGAGGGAGGGCCAGGAUUAUAAUGAUAAAACACCAUGGGUUGUUAUGUUCGGUCCAGAUUUGACCUGCCCCGGUACCAAGGUUCAUUUUAUCUUCCGCCAUCAAAACCCCGUCAGCAAAGAGUGGGAGGAGAAGCACCUCUCCUCACCACCAACCCCGUUAAUCGAUGAGAUGACCAAAUUGUACACUCUCAUCGUCAAUCCCGAUAACACCUACGAGAUCCUUAUCGACGAUGAGAGCCAAUCGAAAGGUAGCCUUCUUGAGGACUUUACCCCCGCUGUCAAUCCACCGGCCGAAAUUGAUGAUCCCGAGGACAAGAAACCCAGUGAAUGGGUUGACAUCGCGAAGAUUCCUGAUCCUGAGGCCCAGAAGCCCGAUGACUGGGAUGAAGAAGCUCCUUACUCCAUUUCCGAUGAAGAGGCUCAGAAGCCUGAAGACUGGCUUGAUGAGGAGCCCCUGCAAAUUCCUGAUCCCGAUGCUGAGAAGCCUGAAGAAUGGGAUGAUGAAGAGGAUGGCGAAUGGGUCGCUCCAACUAUUCCCAACCCUAAGUGUGCUGAAGCAUCUGGCUGCGGUGAAUGGGUUCGCCCUACGAAGCCCAACCCAGACUACAAAGGGAAAUGGUCUGCUCCUUUAAUUGAUAACCCUGAUUACAAGGGCCCAUGGGCUGCCCGGAAGAUUGCGAAUCCUAAUUACUUCGAGGAUAAGAACCCCGCCAACCUGAACAAGAUAGGUGGUAUCGGUUUCGAGCUUUGGACCAUGACCGAGGAUAUCUUCUUUGAUAACAUCUACAUUGGUAACUCUGUCAAGGAUGCCAAAAAGCUGGCCAAGGACACUUUCCACGUCAAACAUGCGCUCGAGAAGGCCGCUCGUGAAGUUGAGAAGCCCGAACCAACGCCCGAAGACGAGGUUGCCACACUCAAGUUCACCGAUGCUCCCUUGGAGUGGCUUCGUAACCAAGCUUUCACAUUCAUUGAUUUGGCCAAGCUUGAUCCUAUUGCCGCCUUCAAGGCCAAGCCUGAGACUGGUGCUGCGCUUGUUGCCGUCCUUCUUACGUUCCUGGGCUCCUUUGGCGCUCUCUUUGGCCUUAUCGGUGGAUCACAGAAAUCAUCCGAGAAGAAGGCUACCUCCUCUGAUGCCGCUCCCACUACCGCUGCCACACCAACUAGUGAGACAACUGCCACUGAAGUGAAGCCAGCUGCCACGAAACGCAAGUAG